AUGGGACAAACUGUCACUACCCCCAAAAGUUUAACUUUACAGCACUUCAAGGAAGUCCGUAACAUCGCCCAUAAUCUCUCAGUGGAAGUGAGAAAAGGAAAAUGGGACACCUUCUGUUCAUCUGAGUGGCCAACCCUUGACGUGGGCUGGCCACAAGAUGGCACCUUUAACCUAGAAGUUAUUUUGCAGGUGAAAGCUAAAGUCAUGGACCCUGGACCCCAUGGACAUCCUGACCAAGUUCCCUAUAUCAUCACGUGGGAAUCUCUGGUCAAGGAUCCCCCACCAUGGGUAAAGCCUUUCCUUCCCCCUUGCCCAAAAGCCACACCGUCCGCUCCCUCCCUUCCUCCCCCACUGAUUCCGACCCCGGCUAACUCUGCCCUUUACCCAGCCCUCACAAAAUCGGUACCGGCAGAGACUUCCGAGCGUAAAAAGACACCUCCGGUGCUGCCUGCAGAUGAUGGCCCCCUUCUGGACCUUCUAACUGAACAACCACCCCCUUACAGGGGCCCAGGCCCCGCUCCUGGACAACAGGGAGGGGCCGCCGGGCAGGAGUCACCAGAAGAACCCACCUCAUCACUGGAAGAACCUGCCUCGUCUCCAGUGGCAGGGCGGUUGCGGGGGCGUCGGGAGGUCCCUUCCGGUCCUUCCUCUCAGGCUCUUCCGUUGCGGAUGGGGCCUGACCGCCAACUCCAAUACUGGCCCUUUUCCACCUCUGACUUAUAUAAUUGGAAGAAUAAUAACCCCCCUUUCUCAAAGGACCCGUCCAGGUUAACGGCCCUCAUUGAAUCCAUUCUAGUGACCCACCAGCCCACCUGGGAUGAUUGCCAGCAGCUGCUCCAGACGCUGCUGACCACUGAGGAAAAACAACGAGUCAUCUUGGAGGCCCGCAAAAAUGUUCCGGGUGAUAACGGGCUGCCUACCCAACUGCCCGACCGGAUUGAUGCUGCUGUCCUCCUGGAACGACCCAACUGGGAUUUCUCCACAGAGCGCGGUAGGGAACACCUACGUCUUUAUUGCCAGUUGCUCUUAGCGGGUCUCCGAGGGGCUGCAAGACGCCCUACCAAUUUGGCCCAGGUUAAGUUAGUAACUCAAAAGCCAGAGGAAUCCCCCUCUGCUUUCCUGGAGCGACUUAAGGAGGCAUACCGUAUGUACACUCCGUAUGACCCAGAGAGCCCAGAUCAGGCAACCAACGUGGCCAUGUCCUUCAUUUGGCAGUCUGCCCCAGAUAUCAGAAAAAAGUUAGAAAGAUUAGAAAACUUAAGAGAGAGUUCAGUACAGGACUUGUUAAAAGAGGCAGAGCGGAUUUUUAACAAGAGAGAAACGAUAACCCUCAACGUGGGGGGCCAACCUGUCACCUUCCUGGUGGAUACUGGAGCUCAACACUCAGUGCUCACCACAUCUCCAGGACCCCUGUCUGACAGAUCAGCGUGGGUCCAGGGGGCUACUGGAGGAAAAAGGUGCCGCUGGACAACCGAAAGAAAGGUACUACUCUCCACCGGUAAAGUGACUCAUUCUUUUCUGCAUGUACCCGAUUGCCCUUACCCGCUGCUUGGGAGAGAUCUAUUAACCAAGCUCAAAGCGCAGAUUCAUUUUGAGGGGACUAGAGCCCAUAUUACGGGGCCACAGGGACAGCCGUUACAUGUACUAACCUUAAACCUGGAAGAUGAAUACCGGCUAUAUGAGCUUGAGGGGCCUCUGGUUGAAAACAUAUCUGACUGGUUGAGCAACUUCCCAUCUGCCUGGGCAGAAACGGGAGGAAUGGGGCUGGCCACCCAACAGCCCCCCCUAAUUAUUCCCCUCAAAGCAACCGCAACUCCAGUUUCCAUCAAACAAUACCCUAUGUCUCAAGAGGCCUACCGAGGAAUUCAGCCCCACAUUAAAAGACUCCUGGGAAUCCUGACCCCCUGUCAGUCUCCCUGGAAUACACCCCUCCUUCCAGUCAAAAAGCCUGGCAUGGGCGAUUAUCGCCCCGUGCAAGAUCUAAGAGAGGUCAACAAAAGGGUAGAAGAUAUACAUCCAACAGUCCCUAACCCAUACAAUUUGCUGACUGGAGUACCGCCAACAUAUACUUGGUAUACGGUCUUAGACCUCAAGGAUGCAUUCUUUUGUUUAAGGCUUCAUCCACAGAGCCAGCCUAUUUUUGCCUUCGAAUGGAGGGACCCAGAGUUGGGACUAUCGGGGCAACUCACCUGGACUAGGCUCCCCCAGGGGUUCAAAAACAGCCCCACCUUAUUUGAUGAGGCGUUGCACCGGGAUCUGGCCGACUUUAGGGUUCGUCACCCUGCUUUAAUCCUCCUUCAAUAUGUGGAUGAUCUCCUCCUGGCUGCAGAAACUGAAAAAAAUUGUAGGGAGAGAACGAAGGCCCUCCUGGUCACCCUGGGAACUCUAGGAUAUCGGGCCUCGGCUAGAAAGGCCCAAAUAUGUCAAAAGCAGGUUACGUACCUAGGCUACCAGAUCAGAGAUGGACAAAGAUGGUUAACGGAAGCACGAAAACAGACUAUCCUGAGUAUUCCAGUGCCUAAGAGCUCUAGACAGUUGAGGGAGUUCUUGGGGACGACGGGGUUCUGCCGGAUCUGGAUCCCAGGGUUCGCAGAGAUGGCUGCACCGCUCUACUCACUUACAAAACCAGGUACCCUCUUUACCUGGGGGAAUGAGCAACAAGGAGCCUUUAUGGCUAUCAAAAAGGCCUUAUUAACUUCCCCCGCAUUGGGACUUCCUGAUUUAAAUAAGCCCUUUGAGCUAUUUGUUGAUGAAAAGCAAGGCUAUGCUAAAGGAGUACUGACCCAAAGACUGGGACCCUGGAGGCGCCCAAUUGCCUACCUGUCUAAGAAACUUGACCUGGUGGUUACGGGAUGGCCUCCCUGUUUGAGAAUGGUCACAGCAAUUGCCCUCCUAACUAAGGACUCUAGUAAACUAACUUUGGGACAACCGAUAACAGUUCUGGCCCCUCAUGCAGUGGAAGCCCUGGUUAAACAACCUCCGGGUCGAUGGCUCUCGAAUACCCGUAUGACCCACUACCAGACCCUAUUGUUGGACGCUGACCGCGUACACUUUGGUCCCGUGGUAGCCCUCAAUCCGGCGUCACUACUCCCCCUAUCGGAGGAUCCAGAAACUCAUGACUGUCUCCAGAUACUUGCGGAGGUACACGGCACUCGGCCUGACCUGACCAAUCAGCCCCUCCCCGAUGCUGACUUCACCUGGUACACCAAUGGGAGUAGCUUCCUAGAUAACGGAGAACGAAGAGCAGGGGCUGCGGUCACCACUGAGACUGAGGUAAUUUGGGCUGAGGCCCUACCACCUGGUACUUCGUCACAACGGGCCGAGCUCAUCGCCCUAACUCAGGCUCUCCGGAUGGCAAAAGGUAAGAAGCUCAAUGUCUAUACUGAUAGCCGCUAUGCCUUUGCCACUGCUCACAUUCAUGGGGAAAUAUACCGGAGAAGGGGACUAUUAACUUCAGAAGGAAAAGAGAUCAAGAACAAGACUGAAAUAUUAGCCUUGCUUGAGGCUCUAUUUCUGCCUUUAAAACUGAGCAUCAUUCAUUGUCCGGGUCAUCAAAAGGGGAACAGCCCCGAGGCUCGAGGCAACCACCUGGCAGAUGAUGCUGCCAAAAAGGUAGCUCAACAAAAAGACUUUGCAAUUUCUCAGGCCCUGACCCUACAGAAAACAAAGCAAGGGUCUGUUCUUCAGUAUAGUCAGGAAGACCAAAAUUUACUAAAAGAAAUGGGGGCCACCUAUCAACCCGAAACUCAAAAGUGGAUAUUCAAAGGAAAACCAGUGUGGCCCCAACGUAUGACCUAUUACUUGAUUGACCAACUUCAUAAGCUAACCCACCUGAGUCACAAAAAGAUGAAAACCCUCCUUGAAAGAGAGGAGGACACCCACCAUCUGUUGGGAAAGGACAAAAUUUUACAACAAGUGGCUGAGAGGUGCACGGCGUGUGCAUGAGUAAAUGCUGGACAUAAUAAGGUGGGUUCCGGGGUCAGAGUGCGAGGGCACCGACCCGGGACUCAUUGGGAGAUUGAUUUCACAGAAGUCAAGCCUGGAUUGUAUGGAUACCGCUAUUUGUUGGUGUUCGUGGACACUUUCUCUGGAUGGGUAGAGGCUUACCCUACCAAACAUGAAACUGCCAAAGUCGUCACCAAAAAGCUGUUGGAAGAAAUCUUUCCCAGGUAUGGUAUGCCACAGGCAUUGGGCUCCGACAACAGCCCUGCAUUCGUCUCCCGGGUAAGUCAGUUGGUGGCCACAUUACUGGGGAUUGAUUGGAAAUUACACUGUUCAUACUGCCCCCAAAGUUCAGGACAGGUAGAGCGCAUGAAUAGAACUAUUAAGGAGACUUUAACUAAAUUGACGCUUGCAACUGGCGAGAGAGACUCGGUGACCCUUCUUCCCUUAGCGCUAUAUCGGGCCCGGAACACACCUGGCCCUCAUGGACUCACUCCCUUUGAAGUCCUGUAUGGUGCCCCUCCUCCAGCCGCCCAUUUCCUAGACUCUGACAUAGCUAUCUUUGCUAAUACCCCUUCUCUCCAAGCUCAUCUGCAGGCGCUCCAAAUUGUACAACAGGAAGUGUGGAAACCUCUGGCGGCUGCAUACCGGGAACAACUAAACCAACCUGUGGUACCACAUCAAUUCCAGAUCGGGGACGUGGUCUGGGUGGGACGACAUCAGGUCAAGAACUUGGAACCACAUUGGAAGGGACCAUACACUGUACUGCUGACGACACCCACAGCCCUAAAGGUAGACGGCAUCGCCGCCUGGGUCCACGCCUCCCACGUCAAAGCCGCCGUCCCCGAAGACCAGCUCGACAACCCGGACUUGAAAGCCAGAUGGAAACUUCACCGCACUCAAAAUCCACUAAAGAUAAGAUUGACUCGUAGGGAGCCCUAA